AUGCAGGCCGGAGGAGCUGAGGAUGCGGCUGCUGCUGCGCGUGUGACAGCAUCGCAGUUCGCUGCAAGGGCUCAACGAGAAGGAGCGACGGAGGGGAAGAUGAGGAGCGAGGAGGAGCAGUCGUUCCGUGAGCUCAAGUAUGAGGAAGCCAUCAAGGUAGAGAAGCUGCUGGGGGAUCUGAAAAAGUUGGAGCAAGAGGAAAGGUCGCUUUCCAUCGACUUCGAGAUGGAGCGAAGAAGAAGCAUGUCUCGUCCACCUGGCCUCCAGCAAGACAACAGGUACGCGGAGAUGAUGGCAGCCAAGGCAAGCAAGCUUGAGAAGCUGAGGAGGCAGCGACAGGAUCUGAUGCUGGAGAGAGACAUCAUCGACUCAGACUUAGAAGGCAUCAAGACCGACAAGCAGGUCAAGCCUCGUCCACCUAUCUUGCAGUCCAUGCAGCGGCUGUUCCCGGAUAGAACGGAGAAGCUUCGCGAGACUGAUCAGGUGCUGGAUGAGAACAUUCUUGACAAGAUACGUCAGAUGCAGCCAAACUCUCGUGAGGUCUCGUCGCUGCUGAAGACCAUGGAAAGAGACAAGCAGAGGCUCUUGCAGCUGCACAGGGAGCACAACCUUGUCUUGGAUGAGAUUCAGAGCCAGGACAAGGGGGAAGCAAUCGCCCAGUCAACGAUCGAGAUGCCAAGCAAGAGGUACCUGGAAGAAGCUCGCGAGCGGCUCAUGGUGAUCCUUCCCAUCCUCUCCCUCACCCUCACCCCUGCUGAGCAGCAGGAGACACAACAACCUCCCGCACGGUCGACUCUCCUCCCCCCCAUACGAGACGCCAAGGACACCUCUCCUGCGCAGGAGCAGGAGGGGCAGACGACCAGCCUGAGGCGUCCUCUUCCUCCGCCUCCCCUACAAGAGUCCUGGCCUGUCGACCACCUGGAAGCGAAGGUCGCAGAGGACUCGCGCAGGCCUGCAGCUUCCAUGGUAGGGAGAGCGAGCGAGACGAGGAUGAUGCCGAAGCCAGCAAACCUGCAGACGCCUCUCCCGGCCCUUGCACGUCCCUCAUCCUUGCAAGAGGAGAUACGGCAGCUGCGAAACGAGUACCUGCUGCAGGGAGGACGCAAUCAGAGCUUGCUGGAGGCCAUCGAAGCGCUAGAGCGAGAGGCAGCACUCGCCCAGCUACCUUCCUCUAGACCCUCGCAUCCGCCUGUGCGUACAAGCUCUGUAGGUCAGGGAGCUCAGAGAGGAGACGAGAGAGUUCCUGCCUGGUUCUCAGAGGAGAUGUCAAAGUUUGAGCAGUACAUCCAAGAGAGGAAGGCAGAAAACAUGAAGCUGAAGGCUCAGCUGGAACAUGUGUCAGGUCGCUCAGCCCUUGCGACGGACAGGACCGAGCGCAAGGACGAGGUCUCCUUCCGCAUCCCACUGAUGGAGGAGGAGGAGGAGUUGAGACAACUGGAGAUGCUACCCAAGAGCAGUGCGAUCUACGACAUGAGGAAACAGCACCUCAAGGAAGUCAUCGAGAUGAAGUACAAGCUCCAACAACUGAAACAAGAAGCAGAGAAGACCGAGCUUGAGAACCAGAUUGAGGAGCAAAGAAAGGAGCACGAGCGACGCAAGUGGGUACUGAUGCAGCAGCAGCAGCUCCUCGAGGCCAAGUACCGCAAGCACUUUGCCAGAGAGAACCCGAUCGAGUCUCUUGGCGGCAAGGAGGCGCAGAGUGAGGCCUACAACUUCGAGGCCGGGUUUGCUGUCUUCUUCGACUACAUCCUGGGCCUGCCGACCAAGGUCAACAAUCAGGUCCAAGUUGUCUUCGGGUUCUACCUAGGACAGGAGCCCAAGACGUCUCCCAAGGCUCUGCCGAUGACUGACGUCGACGUCGUCGGCAUCAGCAGUCGGAGAGCCGUGCUCGCGCUGAAGCGGCAGUUUAUGAAGGUGUCGCCCAACUCGAACCUGAAGCUCAUCGUGGAGGUUCAGUCCGUCAACCCUGCGACCCUCGGCAAGGGCCCCAAGAUGGUUCCCAUCGGCUGGACCAUGCUGCCUGUCUUCACCGACGACGACCUCAACCGGGGCUUGUUUCGAGUCCCAGCCUUCAUGCCGCCCGUCCGACCAGACCUGGAGAAGGAUGACGUGGCAGGGCUGUACAGGAUGAAGGGGAUGGAGUUCUACCUCCGGUUGGUUCCCCGCCAGCUCCUCCCAUUCCACGACAAGUUCACCGUCAACCCCGAGACCACGCAGGUCCAGUACAAGUACCCCAAAGGCCUCGCUCCUCCUGCCGCCGAGCCUCCCAGACCCCUCAAGGAUCACUUUGUCACUCCAACCAGCAAAAUCGACGCGUCGCCGGGGCAGAUCACCAGGAGCUUGUCGAAGCCUCGGCCGGCCUCGAAACUCGAAGAUUCUGGUGCUGCCUCCCUUCACAGCGCAGUAGCUCCAGCCCUUGAAGAAGUGGAGCCGGCAUGGCCUCUGAUCACGUUCUGCGUCAACUUGCAGGAGCUUGACGGCUCUCUCUUUGAGAACUCACACUGCUCGAGCUUGUCCUUCUUCUUCUUCAAGAUCAGCCUCGUCCUCCUCCAGGACGGAGCUGCUGAGAUGGUGCCCUUCCAGUGCCAAGAGGUCCCAAGAGAGGCCGGGCAGCCGUCGGAGCUUCACUCCGGCACAAUGUUCACAUCGAGUCCUUGUGAGGUCGCCCAGGGUCCGGCGAUCUCGUUGCAGUCUGCGAUCUUGAUGAAAGACAUCCCAGUGAGGGAAAACCUGACGGUGAUGAUCGAGCUUGUGGGAGAGGUGUUGACGACCGGCGAGGAGAGGACUCGCAAGGAGCAGCCCAUCGCCUGGACGUCGCACAGCCUCUUCAGGAGGGAGCUUGAGACAGAGCUGGAGUUGAACGAGGACACUUUCGAGACCCUUCUCCUCGUCCCUCCUCUGAGAGUGGACAAGAGCUCGGUGGACAUCAUAGAGGCUCAGAAGGAGCAGGCGCGCUUGCUGAGCAUGGACGGUCUGUGCAACGAGUCGAGCGACAUGUUUCUCAACAGCCCCAUCCCCAGGAUUGUCUUCUCCGUCUCCUCUGACUUGGGGGCUGUGCUGGGAUCCUCCCUGCUACCUGCCGGCACGCAAGAGCUGAGUGAUGCCGAUCGGGAUGCCCUCAGGAUCUUCGACGCCUUCGACAGUGAGCCCUGGCUGCCCGCCCCCAAGCCGCCGCUGCUCAAGCAGGUCUUCACGCAGGACGACGGGUUCGACGUGUACGUCGACGCCGCUCGGCAUCUGCCAGACAACACGACGCUCUCAGCGGUGACCUGCUUCCUCGCCAACAAGCACAUGUCCAUCACCGGCCAGUUCUGGAAGGAGGUCGACUGCCGUACCGCCGACCUUCACAACCCGAUCUUCCUGGCGCGCAAGGAGUUCCGCAAGGAGGCCGGGCAGGAGUGGGACCCCACGCUGACGCUGGUGAUCAGACUCGAUGCGGUCGAGAAGCCUCCGGGCGAGAAGGCGGUCGGGGUCGGCAUAGUCGGCUUCUCCCUCCUCAACAUCUUCCUCGACCCGACGACGGAGCAGCAGCCCGACGACAGCAGCACGCAGGAGAUGCUGCUCAAUCAAGGGAGCUUCCAGGUCCCCGUCUACAUGGUGGGACUGCACAAGGAGCAGCCGCUCUCUGUGCGCGCGAUGGAGGAGGAGAAGCGAAGGCUCUGCACGACUCUUCUCAUCCGCUUGAUUCAGGCUCCUCGGGCCCCGGACGGGCUCUCAGUCCUCUCGUCGGCUAGUUACGGGUCCAACGAAGCGCAGAUGAAGGAGGCAGGGCUGCUGGUCUGGCCGAAGCCGUAUGCUCUUGGUCACUACUCCAGUGAGUCUUGCAGUCCGACAGAGCAGGAGAGGUACAUCUACGAGGCAAGAGAAGUCGAGCCUCUGCCUACCAUCGCUGAGUUGCAGACCAUCCUUGAAAUCGAGUUCACCGAGGAGGAGGUAGAUGCGACAAAGAACAAAGAUGUGUUCCUCCCGGAGAACUUCGAGGUCAACCUGAGCAACUUCCGGCAAGUCAUCCGGAAGUACUUGAAAGGAAAACCAGCGACAAAGCUCAUCGGCUCCAACUUCAACGUCCCUUACUUUCCCGAGAAAGGCUUUCACCUGUCUGUUGACGGCUUCGAUAUCACGGCGAGCGACGUGAACAUCCUCUGGGCUGCUUGUCUCGUCUCCUCCUUCCCGCAUGGCACGUACUAUCACUCGGAGCAUGCCAUCACCAAGGAUGUUGUGAUCUUUGACGACCUGGACCUUGACUCGGACGUGCAAUGCCCGAGGUAUCAAGACGCCAUGAAGAGCUUCACCAUGCAGACCCUCAACGACAAGAAGAUGUCGGCGAUGAUCAUCGAUGUUCGGGUGGUCGUGGAUGCUGUGAGGGUGAAGAAGAAGAUGAAGAUGUUGAAGGAGAGGAAGACUGUUCAGCUCGGAUUCGCGAUCAUACCAGUGAUCCACUCCAACUACGUCAUGUCAGGAAACUACAGGGUCCCCGUGUACACUACGAGGUCGCAACCGUUUUCGUCCUACUUUGAGAAAGAUCAAUCAUUGGACUCCGUGAAGGAGGGGCCAACUUCUCAUCUGCUAGAGUUCAUUGAGAAUGGGGUCAACUUUUCCGAUGUGUUGAAUCAAGCGGCAUCGAACAAAGAGAUCUUCAGGGUUGAAGGCGCUUCAGUAGUCUGCAGAGUUGCCGAUUGGACGCGAAGGGAGGAGUACGCUUCCAGGUUCACCAGGGUCGGAGAGCCGAAUCGGGUCAACCUCAAGUUGCUUCCCGAGGGCAAGGAGAGGUCUUACGUCUCCACUCCUGCCAAGUUAUCUUUCGUUCAAGCGUACAAGAAACAGAAACUCGUUCCGGAAACCGUUGUUAACGAAUGUCGCAUCAAGGCGAUGAGCGAUCUGAACUUGCAAGGAUGAUAGAUGUUGUAUUCUUACUGUAUGUAGUCUAGUCUGCUGCCGCUGCCAUUGCUCUUUCCAUCUUUCUAUCUAACGCUGCCUUUCAAUGUAAAAGUACUUG